AUGGAGGCUACAUUUAACUACUAUCGUGGGGAAAUCCGAAGAACAGACAUUGAGGCCUCACGUUGGAUAGACAACAUACCUAGGGAGAAGUGGGCUAGAGCAUAUGACGGAGGGCAACGUUGGGGACAUAUGACAUCUAACUUGGCAGAAGCCAUGAACUCUUUACCAAAGGCAACCCGAAACCUUCCAAUCACUACAUUGGUCUAG